GCAGUGGGCGAGCUCGCCAUCCACUCUGCCGGUUAUGGUGCCCAGUCGCACCAACGUGGCUGCCGGGAUCCCCAGUAGCAAAGUGAAAUACUCAAAGCUCUCCAGCACUGACAGUGGACACAUUCAUCGUCAGAAGGAAACAUUACCUGCCAAAGCGAGCUUUAAGUUGCAAAGAUGUACAGUGAGAACUCACAUAUUAAAGUUUAAGAGAAGCUCUACUAAGAUUCCUUAUAAAGCCAUUGCCUGUGCCACCGCGCAGUUUUUGAUUGGUACCUUUCUCGUUAUUGUGGGCUGCCUCCUGCUGGCGGGCCACAUCAGCAAAGUGGGCGUCAACCGGGCCGUUCCGGUUCUGAUUGUUGGCAUCCUCGUAUUCCUGCCCGGGUUUUACCACCUGCUCAUCGCCUACAGAGCGCACCGGGGCUGCCAGGGCUACUCCUUCAGUGACCUUCCGACCUGCGAUGAUUAGCCCCCACCGCAGCCAGGAGAAGA